GUGUACAUAAGUGUUAUUACUAAAUUUCACCAAAAAGAAAAUUAAUUUCUAAAAGUAAUCAACCGUCGUAAAAGAGUAUGUUAGAACCCACACAUGUUUCAAAAUGGCCGCUGUACUGAAAACAGGGAGAAUCGGUAUAUCCAUGUUGGAAGGCCUAGUUACAAGGCAUCCUGCAUUCCACUGUUCACAUACCACCAUUGUACAACGUUGUGGCAUUCAUACAACGCCAACACUGUUCUGGGGAUACAGAAAAUGGGAAGCUAAAAAUAAAAUAGUCUAUCCACCCCAGAAAGAGGGAGAACCACCAAGAUUAGCCGAAAUUCACCACUGUAAACGAAAUCUUAAAUACAGCCAAAGAAGAAUGUGGUAUAUUGCAACAUUUAUAAAGAAUAUGUGGAUAGAUGAAGCUCUUGCUGAGUUGCAGUUUGUUAAUAAAAAGGGAGCCCAAAUGGUUAUGGAGAUUUUAUUGGAAGCCCAAGAAAUGGCCGUGAAAGAUCAUAAUGUAGAAUUCAAGUCCAAUUUACACCUUGCUGAAUCAUUUGCUACUAAAGGACAUUAUGACCAUGCUGUACGAUACCACGGGAAAGGCAUGUUUGGCGUGGCUAGCAUAGUCUACUGUCACUACUUUGUGAAACUCAAAGAAGGACCCCCACCCAAGACCAAGCUUAUAACUGGACAUGACAAAGCAAAAGAAUACAUAGAAGAAUUGAAGAACAGAACUAUUAUACAUGGAUUGUGAUGUCUAAGUUAUUAUUACAAAUUUAUCAAUUAUUGUUGCAUAUCUCUCCUUUAACACAUUCGUACAUUUGGGGAAAAUAACAUGUACUUGAAUAAACACGCUAGUCAAGUGUAUCCCAAGCUAAAUGACUAAAUUCAUGAAUUCUACAGUGGAGGCCAGAAUAGUGUGUUUGUUCUUUUGUAUGUGCUUACUUACACUUGUGGUACAUUGCAUGUUGUGUUUAUGUCAAUAGUGGUUGAUGACAUUUCUAUGAAAGUCAUGUAAUAAGAAUAUACUGUCAAUAAAAUUAGACUUGGUGGUAAAUAACAAAACA